UGAAGAGAUGUGAGUAGUACAAGUACAAUUUCAGUCGAUCUCUAAACUCGGUUCUGAAAUGAUAGAAUUUCUUUUUCGUGCCUCUAACGUCUCUAUACGAAAAAAAAGUGCACUCAGAGAGAUAUUCUCUUGUGAUCAGAUUCUCUAACCAUGCCAAUAGGCAGAAGUUUUAAAUAAAAGCGAUUGAGUGGAAAAUCAUAUUCAAUUAAAGACAAGAAUAAAAAAAGAAGAAGAAAACGUGAUUGGAUAGUAGAUUGUUGUCUUUCAUCCCAUUGAGAGUCUUAAAUACAAUGUGACUUUAGCGAUUAAUGAAAUGGGAUAGUGGUGUAGAAAAGAGCGUUAAUUCUUUUAUUAUUAUUCAAACCAAAUGAAGAAAAAUAUGAAGUAGUUUGUAUAAAGAGAAUUGUGCCUGGACAUUUAAAUGGAGUGUGUGAAGUGCAAUAAGUGCGAUUUCAUUCCUUUUUCGUUUUAUUGAACAUUAAUUAUCAACCAAACAGAUUUAUUACGCUAAUGUUUCUUUCUAUUUAUAAAUUUCUACGCAUUGUUUUGCCGUAUGGUGUUUAAUAAAAGAAAAUCCUCAUUUACAGUCCCAUAUAAGUAAUGAAAUGAAAAACUGAUAAUUUAGUAUAACCAUGCCAUAUUGGGGAGAAUUUACUGCUAAAAAAGCCCAAUUUAUUUGUGUUUUAAAUUGCAAUAGUGCUAAUUAAAUUAAUAUUCUGCCAUCGAUAUGGGACAAUUAGGUGUUAUUUCACAAAAUAAUGAGUACCCUAGCGAUGUUAUUAUACAUUUUAAAUAAACAAUUUCGAUACGACUAAAAAAUUCUUAUGCACUGCUCCCAUUUUUUGCAGUAUAAUGAAUAAUUCAUUGCAUAAUGAUAGUAGGCAGUAUAUAGUCGCUUGUAUCAACAAUAUUUUAAACUUUAACUAGUCACAAGGUGAUUUUCAGUUCAGAUAGAGGAUUCAUUUAAGCACAUUGGCCGCUAAAAUGAGAAAACACUGAGCUGAGAAACAAACCACGGGGAGCGAUAACUUAUCGAUAGUAUCGUUAAAUCCAUAUCUGAAAGAUUAAGUGAAUGUCGAUUUUUUAAGCAUUAUCGAGCCAUUUAUUGCAGCACUUAAUAUUGAUAAAAAAUAGCAUUAAUUACACAAAGUGCAGCUAUAGUAUUUCAACGAGUCUAUGUAUUUACUGCUCGAUUUUAAAGGGAUAUUCAAAAUAUAAUCUCAAUUUUUAGUUCAAGGAUCAUAUUUAAAAAAAAAUAAAAGGAUUUUUAGUUUUGAAAUUCCGAGAAAGCGGACGGCUGUUAGACCAUCUCCUCAUGUAUCUCUUACCGGCGUAGAGUUGAAACAGUAAGAGAUAUCGAUUUCUGAUCUUCGGUAACCCUAAAUCACUUGACAUUCUGAUAACUGAUGCAAUAAAGGAGAAUGGGCAAAAGUGGUCUGUGGUGCGUAAAAACUUUUGUUCCGGAGCAAAGUUCUAAAUCGAAUAGCCUUCCAUAAACCUUGUUCCCAUGCCGAGUUUCAGCUUUCUACCUUUUCCCAGAGAGGAGUUAUAGUGGAAAAAGUCCUGAUUUUGUAUGGGGACUGCUGGAAGGAGUAGUAGUGGAAAACGUAUAUGUACACGGUUAAAGAGCCUUCCAUUAGCCUUGAUCCUAUGCCAAGUUUCUGAUUUCUACUUCUUUUCACAAAGAAGUUAUAGUGGAAAAAGGCCUAAUUUUGCAUGGGUACUACAAGAAGGAGUGGAGAGAGGAAGAUCAUAUAUACAUGUUCAACGAGCCUUUCUUAAACCUUUAUCUCAUGCCAAGUUUCAGCUUUUUACUUCUUCUCAGAGAAAAGUUAUAAUGAAAAAAGUUCACAUUUUCUAUGGCGGUCACUGAAAGGAGGGGUGGGGGAAGCUGGUAGUAUCGAUGGAUAAAUACAUUAAGUCAUUCACUGACCCCAUACCAAAUUUCAUCAUAAUCGGUUCAGCCGAUUUUGAGUAAUUUGAUCUCAAAAUAUUAUUUUUUCGAAAGGAUAAAUGCGUUUUUACAAGGACUCUCAAGACUCGACAGUUUUUCAUCGUUUAUCAUUACCUAUAAAAUGCCCCUAGUACCAUCUGUAAACGCCACAAAGACCAACUCCCAUACAUUUUUCCCACGGUCCUUUCUUACAAAAAUAUGUCAAUAGGAUAUUUUUUCGUUUAUUAGAGUAAAACGUCACAAAUUAUUCCAUGUCUAACAAAAUUUGGCCCAGUUUUGAGAUAUUCAUAGAAUUGAUUUUCAGAAAAUGGUUCGAAAAGCACAAUUCCUAUCAAGAUUGGAAAAAGUAAUCUUCAGAGAAGUUGCAGAGCAGUAAAUUUCCUAUACGAAUACGCUCAUUGAGGAUGUUGUGAAAAAAAUUAAAUAUGGGUUUUGAUAAUUCUUUCUUAGUUCUCCCUACACUGAGAAAAACGGGGGUGAGAUUAACUUUUUUUCCUCAUAACUUUAACAAUUUUUUAGGUGUAAAAAUAUAUCAACAUUUUUUAAUAUUAAUUUUACACCUUUUUAAAGGGUAAAAUUAACAUGAAAAAGGGUAAUUUUAACCCUUAACACACCUAAAAAGGGUAAUAUUUACACCGAUUUCGGAUCAAUAAUGCAGGGUAAAAUUAAUAUAACCGGAAUGUUAUUUUAACUUUUUUUCGGAUUUGUCUUAGUGGAUCGACACAAUUAUUACAAAAGAUCGGCAGAUCGGUACUCGCAUGAACCGUGAGCGACACAGUUAUCUACAGCUUAAGGAAUGGUGUCUUCUUUUUCGUCGGAUUACAUUAGGAGAACCGGGUUAAUAGGCCUCCCUGUGAUUCCGGGAGUCUUGGCCAGGGUUCCGAGACCUCACUCUAACUAGCUUUUGUGAACUAUUUUUGUCUUCAGGGUUGUUCGUAAACUCCCUUUCCUUGAAUGCCAGAACAUCACUGAAUGGCAUUGCUAGACACUAUCAGACUGGGUCAGGUUGAUCUUUAAUAUACUUUGUAUGUUGUUUAGCUUUGUUGUUUCUUAUUUUUUUUUCUCAAUCAAACUUUGCAAGAGAGUCAAGUAUAGGCUUUGAUUUACAUAAAUAUGUAAAUAGACAAACACUGAGAAAAAAGAGGGUGCGAAUUACUUUUUUCCCUCGUAACUUUAACACUUUUUAGGUGUUAAAAUAUAUCAACAUUUUUUAAUGUUAAUUUUACACCUUUUUUAAGGGUAAAAUUAACAUGAAAAAGGGUUAAUUCAACCCCUAAUACACCAAAAAAGGGUAAUGAUUACACUGAUUUCGGAUCGAUAAUGCAGGGUAAAAUUAACAUUUCCGGAAUGUUCGGAUUUCUCUCCGGACUUAUUCGGAUUUCUCUCAAUGAAAAAAAAAUUGAAAAAAACAAAAAAAAGAUCAUUAGCAGCGCUCCUAUAAUUGCAGCACUCAGUGGGCGCUCCCUGUUGUUUUUUAUCAAUCGAAGUGACUGAUCUGCAGUGAAUGGAAUUUUUGCAGAUAGAGCAAUUGCUGAUACAAGCGACAAUAUAUAGAGAUCUAUAUUACUAUAUACAUAUAAAGAAUUUCUGGUUUCUUGAAAAAUAGUGUAAUUACUUUGCAUCACAUCAACUUUAAUUAAUCUACAGCCUAUAUGUAUGGGAUGAAUGAAAAACGCAAUAAACAUCAACCAAUAGACUAUUGAAUCAAACGUGAUAAAUCUGUCUAGCAUGUGAUAGGAAGUGAUAAUGAAUUUACGUUCGUUCUCAAUUGCAAUAAGUUCAAAAAGACACAAUCACUAUAGGGCAUAGAAUAUUGAAAAAAAGAAAAACAACAGUGUUUUGUGAGUGAUAAAAAGAAAUAACUAAAAUGGUUGCAAAAUCAGCAGCUUUGAAGGAAUUUCUAUCACUUGAUAGUGCUAGCAAAAGAAGUAGUGUCUAUGUUGAUCCUGAUCGUGAAGUUUUCUUCGAAUUACCACUCUAUAUUACAACAAAUGAAAGUGUAACGAAAUGUUUUAACUUAUUUGAAGGAAAAAAAGUUGCUCUGAAGACAUUUAGUGAUGUACAGCAACUACUGCAGCAGGGAAAGAAGCGUGAGGUAAAGACAGCAAUUCGUGAGAAUGCCUGGCCCAUCAAUUCACCAAUUAGAUCUCAAUUGUGGCCUGCACUGUGUAGUCAACAUCAAAAUGGUAAAAGCAUGUUGGACGGAUUCUAUUGGGAUAUGGUUAAUCAGGUGUUCGGUACAACAGAACUGCCAGAUAAACCAAUAAUGCUACCACCUUUUGUGGAUUCAACCCACUGCCUUCCGUAUCACUUGACGAGAAAGGGACGAGCUGUGGCUGAUCGUGUUGUCAGUGUUCUUGGCUAUGCAUGCCCUGAUAUCACCUACAGCCCUUCACUCUAUCCGAUAACAUCCCUACUGCUACAUUUUAUGUCUGAAGAGGAAUGUUAUCACUGUAUGGCAAGUCUAGUGGCUGCCAAAGAAAAGGUGUUCAUCACGCAAACGAAGUUACUACAUGAAGUGACGUGGAAAACUGUGAUGCAAAUAGCCAAGAAACAUGCGAAAUCUGCAGUGAUGCAUCUGCAACGUCUCUGUCCUGGACAGAAGAUUGAGAGAAUAUUCAUGGAUUGGUGCUGGUGGAUACUCGGUGGUCUGCCAUUUCCGCAUUUGGUCCGAGUGAUGGAUUGUUACUUUCAUGAAGGGAUCAAAGUAUUCUACCGUGUUUCUCUUGCCAUUCUGAUUAUCUUCCAAAAGAAUAUAACAUCAUCGAAUUCAGAAUGGAACUCCGAGACUGUUAAGAAUGACAUUGACAAUGCUAUACCCAAAUUUUGCAAAACAAUUUCGGUCUCACCGACAAAAUUACUAAGGACAGCAUUCAAUAUUAGAGCACUUAGCUCAACAUAUAUUUCAAGGGUGUUUUUAAAGACUGAAAUGGUUCUCAAGAGUAGAUCGGUUCUGAGUGGAUCCAAACAACUGGUUCGAUCGCGUUCUAGCGAUAAUUUACCAACAAGUCAAUCACAAGUGAAUAUUCAAAUGAUGUCACACACUUUAACAAUUCGAGAGGGGGCUCAUUCCCCAGACGCAAGGGUUCUUGCAAUGGGUGUUUUCCCUAUUCAAUCGAUUAAAAGUCAAGUACUUGAUCAGGAUGAUCUUUUUACACUCUGGAGUUGGCUGCCUGUGAGGAUUACAAUGUACCAGCCGGUGCUUCUCUACACCACCGAAGAACAUGGAUGCUCAUUAACAACGUUUUACGUGCGAGUCGAGCAGCAUGAACCUACACUGCUUAUGAUCAAGACAUGCAACAAUGAGGUAUUUGGUGCCUAUUGCUCAUCGAGAUGGUUCGAGAGGAAUGUGAAGGAUGACAAGGGGCAACGACAGGCAUAUUUUGGAACAGGCGAAACGUUUCUAUUCUCCCUGUAUCCGGAACGUGCUAAAUAUCCGUGGGUGGGAAUUGAGGGUGAUACGAAGCACGGCCAUGGCUCUGAAUUGUUUAUGGCGGCCGAUGCUAAGAUGAUAACAAUUGGAGGAGGUGAGGGACAGGCCAUUUGGAUGGAUGAAAACAUCCGAUAUGGUAAGACGGACAAAUGUCAGACAUUCAACAAUCCACCUCUUUGCCCAUCUGGAGACUUUGAAAUACGCGUUCUCGAGGUGUAUGGCUUUGUGGGUGUUUAAUGCAAUUAACAAUUAGCCGAAGAGGAGAGAGAGAGAGAGAGGUAGUUUAAAAGAAAAUGAAGAUUCAACAACAAGAUUCGAUAUUCAAGUUUAUUAAAUAAUUAGAUUUUUCUUUAUUUUUUUUUGUGAAUGAAAUGAGAAGGCUUCUACCGGGAUAAAAUUGCUGCAAUAUUAGCGAUUAGGCGUGAAAUUCAUCUAAAAACAAAAUACUACGUAAAAAAUUCAAAGAGAAAUAAUUCUUUAGAUUUAUUUUCUUAUCUUUUCGGGAAGUUUUCCAUCUGUAAAUAUUUCUUCUCAGUACUGUUGUUCCCCCUUAAAGAAAUUAUUUGAAAAUGUGUUUAUGAAACAAAACGUAUCAAUGUGAGAAAAAAAGCAUAAUUUAAUUGAAAGAGAGAAUGCUUUAGAUGUGAAUGUCGCAACGAAAAAAUGAAGAUGUCACAUCGAAAUGCAUCGGAAUUAUCGUAAGAAAAAAAAAGAAAAGAAAAAUUUAUUCUCUUUCUAGUUGUUGUUUAUUCCCCCAAUCCUGAUAUUUGCUCCUUCCCUUUAUUUAUUUAUAAAUGAUAAUAGCAAAAAGAAAAACGAAUUAAAUUAUCUAAGAUGAAUAUUUCUUAAGUAUCCAAUAUAUUAAAAAAAAAUAUUGCUGUGCGAUUCAUAUCACGAAGAAUCAUUGUUAUAUGUUUUAUUUUGUUCAUGCCCAAAAUCUAUUUUUUAGAGUUGAAAAUGUAGACAGUGAAAUAUCUAAACUGAAUAUUAAUCAUUCCAGUUUGAAAAGAAAAAGGAAGAAGGUUUUUUUUCUUUUUUAGUAAAUUACAAUCUUUUUCGUCUUGUGUGAAUGAGAACAAUUUGAUAUUUUGUUGUUGUUGUUAAUUUAGAUGAUAAUGCAAAGGUGUAAUAGCGUAGAAAUGUUUAAAGGAAUUGUAUGUCUUAGGAAAGACAAAGAAAACUCAGACAGUAAGGAAUUUAUGUCCUCAAUACUUAACAUUUAAAAUAAACUGCAAAGGUUUUUCCAUCUACUUGCAACAAAAAAAAAAUGCCGAAGCUCAAGCUAAAGCAUUAUUCACAUUUUACCAAAUAUUUUAGUACUAAAACUCUGAACGAUUCCCAGUUCUAUUUAAUCCCAAAUCGCAAUGGAACUCAAAUAUUUUAUCAGAUUGAAUAUUUAAUUAAACGUGAAAAAUACUAAACUUUAAAUUUUUAGUACCAAAUAUUAUUUUUUGAUCAUGUACUAACUUGCGCUUCAAGUACCUGUUUUUCUUUUUCACCAAACAAAAAAUUAAUGGAGCUAUUACACUUCAUAAACAUAUUUAAAGACAUAAAGUAUUUCAUUCCCUGUCUCAUUCAUUCAUUAGUAUUAAAAAGUACACUGAGAUUAUUUAGAACAUGCCUGAGAUUUAGUACAAUAAUUAUACCACUUCUCUAACUGAAUGUUGUGACUUUUCCUACCAUUUGUGAUAGGAAGAGACAAUUCAUGUUUCUAGUCUCUAUUCAUCACUUUUUCUCUUUUCCUUUUAUGUCUGCAUAUCGUCGGUUGGGUCGAGCUCUGUCGUAUCUGCAUUUCUUUUGUGUCAGCAUUUCACGCAAGAGGGGUCGUCUGUAUUGUAGCUUGCACCGAAUGCAGAUAGAAAACAAAUGCAGAUACGACAGAGGUAGACGCAACCGACGAUAUUUCUAUCAAGCUUGAUUUUAGUACAUACAUGUACUAAAAUAAAUUGCUCUUCCCGAAUCUUUUACUUGGAGUCUGUAAUUAUUUUUAAAGGUAAUAGCUCCUUUUCUUUCCUCAAAGAACAUUCUAAAAAGGUCAAAUAUUAACUGAAUAAUAGUACUCUGGAUAAAAGUUUUGUCAAAUUAACAAAAAAGGUUUGUUAACAGGAUAUUCUUCCAUACAGAAUAUGGAAAAGUUUUGUCAAUUCGACAGCCAAAUGGACCUUGCUAAAGUUUGCUAAACGGAUGUUUUUCUUAAGCUAAAAGUCCUUUGGAUACAGUGACUCGAAAUUCAAAUGGCAUAUAUCAAAAUUCUCCGAAUAUUGAGGAGGGUGGGGCAGUUUAGAUAUGCUUUUUUUUAAAUAUAAAAUUUUCAAAUAAUAAAUUGAUAAACUGAAAAUAUCCAAUAGCCAAGAAGAACCAGCUUUAUUUAACUUAAAUGUAGUUUAGAAAUAUUGGCAAAUGAUUUAAAAAAAAAGGUUAAUCAUCUUGAACUGUCCCAAGCUACCCUACAACCUACAACAAUUACCUUUACCAAUUUAUCGAUUUAAGAGAUUAGAGGGAUUUUAAAAUAUAAAUCAGAUGAUUUUAAAGUUUUCCAAAAUCUUCCUUUUAUUCUAUUAGGCCAUUUCCAUUGAGAAAAUUUUCAGAUUUUUGUAAUUCUCAAUUCGCACGAAAACUGGCAAUAAAUACCAGUUUUUAAUCUGAACAUCUCGUUGGCAUUUGGUGGUUUUGAUUAAGCUUCUUAGUAAAAUUGAAUGGAAAUAACCGAAACCUUCAUUAAAUCACUGCUAAAGGAUAUCUUAUUACCAUUCACAAGUAGAUCUGACAACUCACUGGUAUACACGUGUCAGAAGAUAACUCAGUGGAUGGCGCUGUUCCCAAUAGGAACAGUCUGAAAAAUUGUUCCCAAUUUUUAUUUUUAAGCUUUUAUGCGAAAAAGUUCAACUAGCUUGAACUUUUUCUCAUAAAAGCACCUUUUUCCUGUUGAAAAUUUUCUAACAAAUUUGUUAAAAAAAACUUCUCAAUGCUAAAGGCCUAUAAAAUAAAUUUAAUUUCAACUUUGCAACCAAUGUUUUAACCUUGAUAAAACAAUUUUAAAAGUAUAAUGAUAAUUAAAUCCAUUUCUAACCCCAGAUAUAUAACAAAUCCUCUUAUUAAAUUUUAAAUAUAUUUUAUUUUUUUAUAGAAUUUAAAAAGAAAAGUAACAAUAAAUUAAUGAAAAAAAAAUCAAAUAAAGUUAUAGUUCGAAAUUUCUUUAUGUUAUGUCAUACUUAACCUCAAAUUCUAGAUUUAGAAUAUUGUCUAUCUUCGAUAUCUUCGGCCUGGAAUUGACAUAACUUCGUUCAAUCUCUUAAUAAUAAGAGAUAGGGGAGACCGGGGUAGAAUUGGCCAGCAAAUGAUAUUUUUUUUGCCUAUAAAUUAUGAAAAAUAUGUUUCAAUGAAACUGAUAAAUAUUUAAACGAAUAGGGAGGGAGUUAACUACUCUGAAAGGAUAGCAGUUUGCUUAAUAUUCUUCCUAAGGAAAACCCGAACACCUCACUAUUUAAUGCUAUACGUGGCUAAUUCUGCCCCGGUCUCCCCUAUAUUAUUUCUAGUUAUAUUCUUUUUUAAAUAAUUUUUUCAAAUUUAUUUUUCACAAAAAAAAAACAUUUCUUGUCUUUAUUUUGUCCCGAUCUCCUUUUUGAUUCUAUUAAACUUUGAUAAUUUCACAAUAAAAAAGUUAGAUUACAAUACAAAUUAGGUUAGAACUGACAUAACCUCAUUUAAAUCUCUUAACUGUAAGAGAAAUAUUUAGUUUUGGAUACAACCACAUCUUUGAAAUUGCUUGAGGAAUUCCCAAGACACAAUUAGUUAUGGGUAAAAUUUGGAAAUGGAAUUUUAUAGUUUGCCUUAGAAGAAACACUAAACGAUUCACAAUAUCUUUUGUCUAUCUAAUUCAAACAUUUUUUUUUUUGAAAAUAUUUGCAAAGAAAAAGAUCAUUAGCAGGGGUUAUUCUACUCGGUCUCCCCUAUAUUUUUGUAAGGUUGAGGUUAGGAGUAACAUAACCUCAAUAAGUCUCUUAAUAUUAAGAGAAAUAUUAUUAUUAGGCAGCAUUUUGAAUUUUUGCUAAGCAUUUUGAAUUUUUGAAUAAACCUUAAGAGCGAUAUUUUAAGUGAGUUGAGUCAGUUUUUAUAUCAAAAUGAUGACAUUUUUUCAAGAACUAACAAGGUGCUGCUUAAGCAGUUAAUAUUCAACCGACAAUUUUAUUUUUGAAUCAGAAUAGGGUAGGUGUGCCAAAUUUCGGCAUAGUUGCUUGCAAGUGCCAAAAUCUUAAGUUUGAAAUUAAAUAUUUUUAAUACAAAUUUGGAUUUUUGUUACUUCAUUUUAAGGAGUGUUGCCUUAAACCUUAUAUACAGUUUAUUGUCUUUAUUUUCUUUAAAUAUAUAUUCUUAAUGCAUUUUAAAAUGAAUAAAAAUGUAGAUAUAGCUUUGAUGGCCUAUUUUGGCCACCUUGUUUCUUAUAGUUCCGUGCCCUUCCGGAAUUUUUCCAAUAGGAAAUUUUCAUCUCGAUAUUGGGAUAGACAUUUUUGCUAUUAUUUUGUAUUGUAUAUUCUCCAGAGUUUGCAAAAACUGUGUCCGAAAUUGCAAGCUGGCCGAAAUUUGGUACACUUACCCUCUAUGAAAAUCCUUUUAUUUAUUUCUUAAAUGAAGAAUAAAUCUAAAAAUAAUUUAUGAUAUUCGAAGAAUUUUGAAGUCUUAAGGUUAUGUUCAGUAUAACCUUAAAUUUCCAACAUUUUUUUCAAUUGAAUGUGAAAAUGGUGUCCCAAAUUAAAGUAAUUCUAUGAUUUUUAAUAAAUUCUUUUGAUAUAAAUUAAAUUCGUCUGCAAUUCUAAAGUUGGUACCCUUAAAAUUUAAAAGUAUUUUAUAGGUUAUGUUAAACAUAACCUCACAUUUCAAAGUAACAUUUUAAUCUAAUAAAGAAUUAUGAUGGAAUUGAGGAAAUAUAAUUUUCCAUGGGGAAUUAAAUAUUUUUAGGGAGUAAUUGAGUUCUCGAGUGUAUUUGAUAAGAAAACAAUUUAUAUUUCGUAAUUAGAGUGUGGUAAACUUUUACUACAUUAAUUCAGUGAAUACCAUAAAGUCAUAUUUUUGCGUGUCACUGAUAAAUGUGUCAGUUUUCUGGGAGAAAUUCUCGACUAUGACGUAUUUUCCCGCAGAAAAAAUGAAGAGAAAAAAAUAAGACAAGGGAGAGAUAAUAAGAAAAAAAUAGAGAAUCCAGUGAAGAAGAAUCUACAAAGAAAAAUAUGAGAAAAUGUUUAUUUAAGACUGUUUCGUUAGCAAUAAAUUGAAAAUGAAUUUUCUCACUUUUCCUUUGGCGAUUCAAGGAGGAAAAACUUCUUGCAGUUUUCUUUUGUGGACAUAAAUUCCUUUUUCUCUCAUUUUGUUUCUGUUGGAGAUGAAUGUCUUAUUAAUUUGUCAUUAGGAAUUUAUUAAUUAAAAAAAAAAAGAAAAUGCAAAUUUGCUGAAAAGAGCAACAAAAGUCUCUUCAAUGAAGUAUUAUUUUUUAAUUUUAUUGGAACAAAUUUAUCAUUAAAUUCUCUCCAAUAGUUUCUAAAAUACUUGUUUUUUUCCCAAAAAGUAUUACUAUUGAAUUUAGAAUGAAAUUCUUCGAUAUAUUAGUAAAGGAGAUUGUUUACAAGAAAACAAAAAACAAAAAAUUACAAGAAAAAAGAAGCAUAUAGUGUCGCAUGAAAUACAAAUAUUUAAUCCGUAGGAAUUAUUAAAAUAAAAUAUAGAGAAUAAGACAAAAAAAAUCAUUCAAUAUUCUAGAUGAAUUUUUAAAUGAAAGGAACAAUAAAACGAAAUUAAUAGUGUUAAAGUAAUAAAGAAAAAAAACAUAUACAAAUGACGAAGUGAAGCAAUUUAGAGAGAGAAAAAAAAAGAAAAUAAAACAAAUCAAUGAAAAUCUUUAAUCAAAACACAAAGAUCACUCGAGAUAGGAAGAAAAAAUCACAAUGUGACGUUUACAGAGAUUAAGAGAAAUCAGCAUUUUUAACCUUUUGAUCCAAAAGUUUGAAUUAACUGAAUUAUCUAGAGUGAAUUUUCUUUACAAUUUUUUCGGAUCAUCCAUAAAAUCAUUCAAUGUUGUUUACUGAAGAAGCAAAAAGAAUAAAGAAAAAAAUGAGAAGUAUGUUAUCUUCACUAUUGACACUUUAUUAAUUACUUUAAUAAUAUCAAUGUUGUCUUCUCAGUGUCACGUAAUUGAGAAUAAUAUCUCUGUAUAUUGGAUGUUUGUAUAUUGCCCGCUCUCUUUGCUUCAGAAGAAUAUAAGGAAAAAAAAAUUAAAAUUAUAUAUUUGCUAUGCGGCAAGAAAAAAAAACAUUUGCGCUGGUACUAUAUCUACAUAUAUUUACACAUUCAGAGAGCAAAAGAGAUAAUUCUGUGAAAUUACAGUACGAGUAUUCACUGUGAUUUUUUUUGUUUUUGAGUAACUGAUCAAGAUAUUUAAUAUUUAAAGUACAUUUUGACAGGUCGAAAAGUCAAACAGCCGUAAAGACUAUUUAAAUACACAAACUUUGCCAUUUUCCCACUAGAUGGGGUUGGCACUCCUUGUACAUUGUCGCCAGGCAAUGCGAUCCCGCGUUGUCUCGUCUUCGGGGUCCUUCGACCUCAUGUCUUUUGUUACAGUGGAAAGCCAUGUGGUAGCUAGGAGGCCAAGACUUCUCUUUUGUUGAGUUCAGUUAAGAAAGAAAUUGGCUCCGUUCAGUAAUAACCUUUCGAAGAGACAAAGCCACUCUAAAGCCAAGCCAAAUCUAUUCGAAAAUCUACCGGAAGCCUAAAGUGCAAGUUCAUAUACCCGCUUCUUUAGCGCUGAUUGUUCUGCCCGUUUUGCAAUUUCGAAUUUCGAUAUUCUUGACACUUCAAUCGUCAACGGCUCCGUUCAGUAAUAACCUUUCGAAGAAACAAAGCCACUCCAAAGCCAAGCCAAUCCUAUUCGGAAAUCUACCGGGAGCCUAAAGUGCCUAAAAUGCAAGUUCAUAUACCCGCCGCUUUAACGCUGAUUGUCCUGAAAUUUCGAAUUUCGAUAUUCUUGAUACUUUCAAUCGUCAACAAUGUUAACAAUAGUGUGCAAAGUUUGCUGCAAAAAGUGAUUUUUUAUGUAGUUUCGUGGAAAUUCAGGAAGGCAUAACGUUUCAAUUGCACUUUCAUUCAAAAGAAAUGUCCUUUUUAGGAAAUUGUUCAUUUUUCUGUAACUCGUCGGUUUAAACUUUCGAACUUCCAACGGGUUUUUAGGUAAGUCCUCUCUGAUAUACCUUCGAAUCGGUAAAGGAAAAACCUCUACCGGAGGAGCUCUCAAAUCGGGAAGGUUAUUACUGAACGAGAGGUGGCUCCGUUCAGUAAUAACCUUUCGAAGAGACAAAGCUAAGCCAAACCUAUUCGAAAAUCUACCGGAAGCCUAAAGUGCAAGUUCAUGUACUCGCCACUUUAGCGCUGAUUGUUCUGCCAUUUCGAAUUUCGAUAUUCUUGACACUUCGAUCGUCAUCAAUGUCAACAACAGUGUGCAAGAGUUUCCUGCAAAAAGUGAAUUUUGUGUAGUUUUGUGGAAUUUCAGGAUGGCAGAACGUUUUAAUUGCAAUUUUAUUAAGACAAAUGUCCAUUUCAUGAACUUACUCACUUUUGUGUAACUCGUCGGUUUAAACUUUCGAACUUCGAACGGUUUUUUAGGUAAGUUCUCUCUGAUAUACAGUAGACUCUCGCAAAUUCGGCUCUUUGAAGAUCGGGCUACUUUUUAAUUCGGGCAGCGGUUACAUUUGAAAAAAGUUUGUUGUCAUUUUUCAAAUUUGAUUAUGAUUAUCAAAUGAAUCAAAUAUGCUCAAAUUUAGCAUGGUUUGUCUUAGUUUUGAUGUAAUUUUGCAUUAUUGAGGGAUUUUCAUGCAAUUUACGAUAUAUAUCUCUGUGUAAACUCAAUAUCUAUAUGCACAUGUCGCCCGAAUUUCUGUCUAAUUCGGCUGACAUUUCGGUCCUAUAUGCCCGAAUUUGAGAGAGUCUACUGUACCUUCAAAUCGGUAAAGGAAAAACCUCAACCGGAGAGAGUUCUCAAAUCGGGAAGGUAAUUACUGAACGAGAGGAAUCUAUCUAAGCAGCUGCUCUGAAAAUUUCAAGUUAAUCGGAUGAAACUUACUCCAGUUCUACUGCUCGUGCCGCAAAAUUUAUCUAGAAAAUCUAAAAUCUAGAACCGCAAAUUUUAGGCGUAUUCCUCGAUAUAACCCCUUAAACUACUUUUCCAUCAUUUUCCACUAAGCCGUGUUUCGGCCAGUUUCGACUUAAGUCCUAAGUCUAUCAAAGACCUAACUUGCCUUUCAAUAAGGCCUAUUUAAACAAGGGUAUAUUCAUUCGAAAUCUCCCGUUCGAAAUUGAAUUCUAUAAUGUUGGGAUAAUUCCGUAUUAGCUGAAUUUUCUAUGGCAUUAUUUUUUUCUAGCAUUAUAGAACCAAAAUUCUUAUAAUCUGCUUAUAGCGCUCUUUGUUCGGUCUCUGUGACUACUGAAAGUAAAAUAGCGCACUGUCAAGCGCCUUAAGAGUUUCUACAGGAAUUUAAACACUAAAUUCUCCUUAUAAGCCUUUUUAUUUCAUUAAAAGACUUUAGAGCCUUAAUUCUAUAAGACCGUCUUCAGACUAGAGCUUUAGUCCAGUUCCCAUGGGUCUCAAAACCUUAAACAGCAACCAUUUUUAUUGAUUUUUCAAAAUCUAAUUGGUAAUUUGACUUUAAUAAUCCAGUUCUAAGUCAAUUUUUUUUAGAAAAAAAAAAUCUUGACUGAUAAGAUAUUAGUCUGAAAAAAUCUGCGCCAUUCCAUAGCGAAAUCCAGAAGAACUAUCACCAUUUCCCCACGAAAAAUCCCGCAACGGGUAUCUAGGGUAAGAUAAAGAAGGGGGCCGAAUAAAGAAGCUGAAUUGGCAUGUAGUAUAAUUUGCUACACAGAAUAAAAUAUAUUUUGUAAAAUUGUUCGUAAAUGUUUGUGAGUUCCUAUUAGGAACUUACGAAAUGCUCGUGAAUCGUAUAACCCACAAACAAGUUUGUUAAAGUUUGUACUUUUUUCACAAACAUUGUUCGUAACAUGAUCAUUUGACGAGCAUUUUUUGUACUUUUACAAACAUUUGUUCGUAGAUUUUUGUUUGUUUGGCAAAAAUUUACAAGUGACAAAAUUUUACAAACAUUUUUUUGAGUCGUUACGAACAUUUAUGAACAAAUGUUUGUAAAAGUACAAAAAAUGUUCUUUAUGUGAUCAAGUUACGAACAAUGUUUGUAAAAAAAAAGUACAAACAUUUACGAAUAUUUUAGAGGGAAUUCACAGACAUUUACGAACAAUUUUACGAAAUAUUUUUUUUUCUCUGAUAGAGAAUCUUCUUCACCUUGGGGGAGAAGUUCCCUCAGGCUGUCCUUGAGAAAUCCCUGGUAACAUGGUACAGGAAAAUGGGGAUUAUUCACAAGAAAAUCCCCACGAACUUCCUGAGAAUAAUGAGAAAAACUGGGAAAUUUUGCUUAAGGAUUUCCACGGAAACUCCCCUGGAAAAGUCAGGGGUCAGAAAAACUAGAGGACUUCUUUCAGAAAAAUCCCUGGGAACUCUUUGGGAAAGGCUUGGGGAUAAUUCUCAGGAAAAUCCUUGGGAAAAACUAUUAAAAAAAAUCCGCACAAUUUCCUUUUUGAUUUUUUUCUUUUAUUAUUUAAUAUUCCGGAAUUCCGGUGGAAAUUCCGCAGAAGUUCUGCAAAGAUUAUUCACACAAAUUAUAUUUCGUUAAGCAUGGACAAUGUUGAAAUUUUGUUAGCUGAGACACUUCCAAGUUCCACAAAUGCAUCUCGGCAGAAUAAGAAAUAUCAUCAUCGAAAUUUAAAGCUGUCAAGAGAUCAUUACAUCAUACUUGCCUUUUUUACGCAACUUAUACCUAAUGAUCCAUACUUAUCGAAACAUUACUUUUAGCCUUUUUGGGUUCUACAAAAACACAUAAAAAAUCACAGUGAUGCUUGUGAAGCUUACUCGACUAUUUUCUUGUUGAGAGUUUUUUUCUCUCUACAUAAUAUCUGCUAAAAAUUGCAAAAUAAUUGUGUGUUCAAGAUAUUUUUUGUGUCUCUAGUCCUUAUAUUUGAAAGAAAACUAAAUAAAAAAGAAUGAACAACACACAAAUUACAACUAAUUUAUGAAUAUAUUUUUUAUUUCUUCGACUUUACUCUUCCAUCCCUUUCCAGUCGAUCCAGUGAAUUAAAUAAAAAUAGUAAAUUAAAAGGAAAAAUGGAGGUAAAACUGAAAAUAAUUUGCACAUUUAAAGAGAGACAGAUAGAAAGAGAGAGAAAUCAGAUUAUAUAGCAUGUUAACAUGUAAUUUAUUUUAUUUUCUAGUUGUAUAGAUAAAAUGUUCAACAAGUUAUUUAUGAUUAAAAUAUCUGCAAUACAAAGUGAGAUAUAUUGAUUUGUAAUAAAUGUUAUUGAAAUGUA